AGCCCAUCGCAUGUCUUGUGUGUCGGUAUAUAUAUACCACCAUAGCAUUACCCUCUCUCCAUCCCCUCUAAUAUCUCAUACCUCAGUACUCCUUCAUUGCAUUGCAGAACACUCCUCACCAUUGAAGACAAAGAAGAUAGAACAGCAGUAGAGUCACAGAGAGAGAGAGAGAGAGAGUAAGGGGGAUGAAUAUGGCAUCAGAUAAGGUGGUGGAGACUGUGAUAGUAGGCAGCUAUGUUGAAAUGGAGACUGAAGGGAAGCCCAAGGAUGUGAAAACCAAGCUAUCUAAAUUCUUUUGGCACGGUGGAUCUGUAUAUGAUGCAUGGUUUAGCUGUGCUUCAAACCAGGUGGCUCAAGUUCUACUUACCUUGCCAUACUCAUUUUCCCAGCUGGGAAUGCUCUCCGGCAUACUUUUUCAGCUCUUCUAUGGAUUGUUGGGUAGCUGGACAGCAUAUCUCAUUAGCGUACUCUACGUAGAAUACAGAACCAGAAAAGAAAGAGAAAAAGUUGAUUUCAGGAACCAUGUCAUCCAGUGGUUUGAGGUUCUUGAUGGACUCCUGGGAAAACACUGGAGGAACGUGGGCUUGGCAUUUAACUGCACUUUCCUUCUGUUUGGAUCUGUCAUUCAACUCAUUGCCUGUGCGAGCAACAUCUAUUACAUAAAUGAUAAUCUAGACAAGAGGACUUGGACUUACAUCUUCGGAGCUUGCUGUGCCACGACUGUCUUUAUCCCUUCCUUCCACAACUACAGAAUUUGGUCCUUUUUAGGCCUCAUAAUGACCACCUACACUGCUUGGUACCUCACCAUUGCCUCCCUCCUCCAUGGCCAGGUUGAGGGUGUUAAGCAUUCGGGUCCAACCAAGCUGGUGCUGUACUUCACAGGGUCCACCAACAUUCUCUACACAUUCGGGGGACAUGCUGUUACUGUGGAAAUCAUGCAUGCAAUGUGGAAGCCUCAGAAGUUCAAGGCCAUAUACUUGUUUGCUACACUGUAUGUCCUGACACUGACGCUUCCCUCCGCAUCAGCAGUGUAUUGGGCAUUUGGAGACAGGCUCCUCAAUCACUCCAACGCUUUUGCUCUGCUCCCAAGAUCACCCUUCAGAGAUAUGGCGGUCAUUUUAAUGCUCAUACAUCAGUUUAUAACAUUUGGGUUUGCAUGCACGCCCUUAUACUUUGUAUGGGAGAAGGCCAUAGGUAUGCAUGAGUGCAAGAGUCUAUGCAAGCGUGCAGCAGCCAGAUUGCCUGUUGUCGUCCCCAUAUGGUUCCUGGCCAUUAUCUUCCCAUUCUUUGGCCCCAUCAACUCCGCCGUUGGAUCACUUCUCGUUAGCUUCACAGUCUACAUCAUCCCCGCUAUGGCCCACAUUUUCACCUUCAAAUCAGCCGCUGCCCGAGAGAAUGCAGUGGAGCAGCCACCAAAGUACAUGGGCCGAUGGGUUGGGGCUUACACGAUGAAUGUGUUUGUGGUGGUAUGGGUGCUAGUGGUUGGGUUUGGGUUCGGUGGAUGGGCGAGCGUGACGAACUUCGUACGCCAGAUUGACACUUUUGGGCUAUUCACAAAGUGUUAUCAAUGCCCUCCUCCACCUCUACCACCAACACCUCGCCUUGAUCUCAAUGCCACAGCACCUUCUCCUGUUCACUACCAUCCCCACCCCUAAACUCGCCAUGCCUCAGCCAUUGAUUUGUACCCCGUACCCUGUAGUUUGCUGAUCAGUUUCCUCCAGUUGCUUUCACAAUAUUUCAGCUAGCCUAGUUAUCUCGUUGCAUCUUUGCCCGUUGGAACAACAUGACAACAGAGAAAGGAGAUAAAUGUGGAGUUGAAUUAGACCCAGAAAAUAUGUAUUCGGCCAAUAGCCAUUUCCAUCAAUUAAAGCAUAUACCUUGUUCUACUAUGUGUAUCUUUCUGUCUCUUUUUUAUUUAGUUUAGGGUCUUUGCUAUGCCUUUCACAAAAAGAAGAAUGAGUUGUAUGCAAUAUUGAAGUAUUCGGAAUUUCCUACUUCUAA